CACACACCAUCAUCACCACAUCACAUCCCUCUUCCAACCAACUACAUCCAUCACCUCAAAGCAACCUCUUAGUCUCAAGAAAAACCACCAAAAUGACCACAGACGGAUAUACCACCCUAUCAGAAACAAUAACAACCUACUUCACCUCCAUCGACGCCGGCGACCUCCCGACCACCAUGUCGCUCUUCUCCCCCACCGCAACCUUCACCGUGGUCACGGCAGGCAACGUAACCUUCACAGGCCGGGAUGCUAUCCAGGCCAUGCUGGAUGACUUCAUCACCCAGUCUACCUCAAUGGAGCACCGGGUGAUGAGCAUGAUUGUUGAUGAGAAGGCGGGGAAAGUCGCCACGCAGCAGCGGUAUAUUGGGAUUCCGGAGGAUGGGAUGCAGAGAGAUAUGCUUAAUUGUAAUUUCUUUGAUGUGGACGAUGAGGGGAGGAUUGAGAAGGUCGUGGUUUGGAUGGGUGGGGGGAGUCCGUUGGGGUAGAUUGUUUUGGUUGGUGGUGUUUGCUGCGAAGAUUAAUUAAAUCUAAUCGUU